AUCCCCACUACUGUUAGUAGUAUAAUAUAGUAGAUUGCAACUUAAGCGUCAUGCACAGUAAGUACAUCUCGCGUGUGUGAAAAUGGCGCUCUCUUGUGCGAUUUCUAAUGAAGUUCCGGAACACCCGGUCGUAUCUCCAGUAUCUGGUUCCAUAUUUGAGAAACGUUUAAUUGAAAAAUAUCUAGCUGAAAAUGGAGUGGAUCCCAUAACUGGAAAGGAAUUAACUGUAGAUCAACUUAUUGAUAUCAAAACAACUGCAAUAGUUAAACCUAAACCACCAAGUGCCACAUCAAUUCCAGCUAUAUUGAAAAUUUUACAAGAUGAGUGGGAUGCUGUUAUGUUACAUUCAUUUACGCUUAGGCAACAACUUCAAACAGCUAGACAGGAGCUAUCUCAUUCUUUAUAUCAACAUGAUGCAGCAUGCCGUGUAAUUGCUAGAUUAACAAAAGAAGUAACUGCAGCCAGAGAAGCUUUAGCAACGUUGAAACCUCAGGCUGGAAUUGUUCAGGCUACUACUAUUCCACAACCUGCACUUGCAGUAGAAGCUGGAGGUACAGCUGCCCAACCUAUGGAACAAGCUGGUAUUACUGAAGAUGUGAUACAAAAACUUCAAGAAAGAGCAACAGUACUCACUCAAGAAAGGAAACGUCGCGGACGUUCGGUUCCUGAAGAUCUACUUCCACAAGAUAGUAUUCGCGCAUUUCAAACACUUGCGUCACAUCCUGGUCUCCAUUCAGCCAGUGUUCCUGGUAUACUUGCACUUGACAUUCACAGUGCAGAUACCAGUAAAAUCUUAACAGGUGGUGCUGAUAAAAAUGCCACAGUAUUUAACAAAGAUACAGAGCAAGUUGUUGCAAUAUUAAAGGGACACACUAAAAAGGUUACUAGAGUAAUUUAUCAUCCAGAAGAAGAUAUUGUAAUGACUGCAUCACCUGAUACUACAAUACGUGUAUGGAAUGUAGGAACCAGUCAAACAACUUUGUUAUUAAAAGCUCAUGAUGCCCCUGUGACUGGAUUGUCCUUACACCCAACAGGCGAUUAUUUAUUAAGUUCAUCAUUGGAUCAACAUUGGGCGUUCUCUGAUAUACGUACUGGUAGAUUAUUGACUAAGGUUGCUGGACAAGCCAGUCAACCAUUAACCACGGCUCAGUUUCACCCUGAUGGAUUGAUCUUUGGCACUGGGACUCAGGAUUCGCAAGUGAAAAUUUGGGAUUUAAAAGAACAAUCAAACGUAGCUAAUUUCCCAGGCCAUUCAGGUCCAAUUACGGCAAUUAGUUUCUCUGAAAAUGGUUAUUAUUUAGCUACUGCUGCAGAGGAUUCUUGUGUGAAACUUUGGGAUUUGCGUAAAUUAAAAAAUUUUAAAACCCUUCAAUUAGAAGAAUCGUAUGAAGUUAAAGAUAUUUGCUUUGAUCAAAGUGGAACAUAUUUGGCAGUAGCUGGAACAGACGUAAGAGUGUACUUGUGUAAACAGUGGCAAGAACUGAAAGUGCUUAAUGACCAUACGGCAGCCGCAACUGGUGUUCGUUUUGGAAAACAUGCGCAGUAUAUAGCGUCGACUAGUAUGGACAGAACUUUAAAACUUUAUGGUCUACCUUAAGCAUUUAGUGACUAAAAUACUAUAAAUAAUUUAAGAAGAAUUAAAAUUAGAGUUUAUAGUAUAUAUUACUGAUCAUCGCUAACGCAAUUUUUAUCAUGGUUAUCUAUGUUCGAAAAAUCACUCUAAAUGUGAUUGUAAUAAUGAUUUGUGGACCCCUUGAUAAUUAUUCCACUUACCUUGAUAGUCAUAUUUUUAUGAGGUUCAGGUCUUAAAUUCCGAUAAUUGGUACCAAUUAAAAUCUUUCGAAAACGCCUAAUUUAUAUAACACAUGGUUAUAUAGGCAAUAAAGGAAAUGGCCUUCUAAGCCCAGUGGAGAUGUAUAUUUAUCCAAGUCUCUCUUUCAAACUGUUAAGUGUUUCCAAAAUAUCACAGCUUUGACAAACAUUUUUAACGGUGAUCAUUAAUAGCAUAGUAUUAUAAAAUCAAUAUUAUUUUUAUGAAGAAAAUGUAAAACAAACUUCUUCGUUUGUCAUCUGUAUCCAUUACUCAGGAUAUCGUUUAAAGUGAUAAAAUACAAUUUAUUCGAGCAUAAGAAAUAAAAUGCCAUUUUCUAUAUAA